AUGAGAGGGGGAAAGAAUUGCAGGUGCCGUCGUGCCUAUGUUGUGUCUCUCUUUCUGGUUGUUUUCUUGAGUUUCUUGCGUCGCACGAUAUCUGUGGAUGGGGAUGAUUUCAGUCAGACCAACAACCCAACCGUGUUGCCUCUGGUCACGGGGCUAAUCUAUGGCCGGCUUUCGAAUCUUACCUCUUUAUUUAGAGACGAUAUAUCACGCAGCUUGGGCUUCUGCAUUAAGGAUGUGGAUGCCGAGUGGAAUGGGGCGUUUAACUUUACAGGGAAACUGGAUUUUUUGACUUCCUGUAUCGAGAAAACUAAAGGAGAUCUUACCAGAAGAAUUUGCACGGUCGCAGAAAUCAAGUUUUACUUCAGUAGUUUCUUCGAAAAUGGGCCAACAGAUGGAAAUUAUCUAAGGCCUAACAAGAACUGCAAUUUGACUUCUUGGGCUUCUGGAUGUGAACCUGGAUGGGGUUGCUCAGUGGCAACCGAUCAGAAGGUCGACCUCAAGACCUCGAAAGAGAUGCCUUCGAGGACACAUGACUGUCAACCUUGCUGUGAGGGCUUCUUCUGCCCUCAGGGUAUUACUUGCAUGAUACCAUGUCCUUUAGGUUCCUACUGUCCCUUGGCAGAACUCAAUAAGACAACUGGAAUAUGUGAUCCAUACAAUUACCAAAUCCCACCGAGACAGCCAAAUCACACGUGUGGGGGAGCAGAUAUUUGGGCUGAUUUUGAGAGGAGUAGCGAGAUGUUCUGCUCUGCAGGAUCUUACUGCCCGACUACCAUCAAAAAAAUGCCUUGCAGUAGUGGACACUACUGCAGGACAGGUUCGACCGCAGAGAGAGAAUGCGCCAAGUUGACUACCUGCCCCAAAAGCACCACCGCCCAAAAUAUCCAUGCAUAUGGUAUCAUCCUUAUAGCUGCUGUAAGCACUCUACUGAUACUCAUAUACAACUGUUCUGAUCAAGUUCUCACCACUCGGGAAAAAAGGAAAGCUAAAUCUAGGGAAGCUGCAGCAAGACAUGCAAGAGAAACCGCACAAGCUCGGGAAAGGUGGAAAUCAGCAAAAAAUGUUGCCAAAAAACGUGCGGUGGGCUUGCAACAACAAUUAUCACGUACAUUUUCUCGCCAAAAAUCCAGAAUGCAACAGGACCAGUCAAAAGUUAUGAAUCAAGCUAAACCUGACACAGAGAAAAAAGAGCCAAGCAGCCUUACCAAAAUGAUGCGUGCUAUUGAUGAAGAUCCAAAUAGUCAGGGAGGAUUCAAUAUUGAAAUUGGAAAUAAGAAUAUUAAGAAGCAAGCACCUAGGGUUAAAGAAAUGCAUACACGAAGUCAAAUUUUCAAAUACGCAUAUGGUCAGCUUGAGAAGGAGAAAGCUAUGCAGCAGCAAAAUAAGAACUUGACCUUCUCGGGAGUGAUCUCUAUGGCUACUGAUACUGAAACGAGAACCAGGCCAAGAAUUGAGGUUGCAUUUAAAGAUCUAACUCUCACAUUGAAAGGAACGAACAAACAUCUGCUCAGGUGUGUCUCUGGAAAAAUCAUGCCUGGCCGAGUUUCUGCUGUGAUGGGUCCAUCAGGAGCUGGAAAAACGACAUUUCUUUCUGCUCUCGUUGGAAAAGCUACUGGGUGUACUAUGACAGGUUCAAUCCUCAUCAAUGGGAAAGAUGAAUCCAUCCACUCAUACAAGAAAAUCAUUGGUUUUGUACCACAGGAUGAUAUUGUUCAUGGAAACUUGACAGUAGAAGAGAAUCUACGGUUUAGUGCUAGAUGCAGACUACCUGCAGACAUGCCAAAACCGGACAGAGUACUUAUUGUUGAAAGAGUUAUUGAGUCCUUGGGACUGCAGACAGUGAGGGAUUCUCUGGUUGGCACGGUGGAGAAACGGGGAAUUUCUGGAGGCCAAAGGAAGCGUGUCAAUGUUGGGCUAGAAAUGGUCAUGGAACCUUCACUGCUAAUCUUGGAUGAGCCCACAUCUGGUUUAGAUAGUUCAUCUUCCUUGUUACUACUUAGAGCACUGCGUCGUGAAGCACUUGAAGGAGUAAAUAUCUCCAUGGUUGUUCAUCAACCAAGCUACGCUCUAUUUAAGAUGUUCGAUGAUCUAAUACUUCUAGCAAAAGGUGGGCUCACAGUGUACCAUGGAUCUGUCAAAAAGGUCGAGGAAUAUUUUUCUGGACUUGGGAUCACUGUUCCAGAACGCGUCAUUCCUCCAGACCACUAUAUUGACAUCUUGGAGGGCAUCAUAAAACCAACUGCAGGGGUCAAUCCUGAACAGCUUCCUAUAAGGUGGAUGCUGCACAACGGAUAUACAAUACCCCCAGAUAUGCUCCGAUUUGCAGAUGGACUCGAAAAGUCUGCAAAUGCAAGCAACACGUCAGAUCCUAGUGCUGGGGGCACCGAACACUCAUUUGCUGGAGAUCUCUGGCAGGAUGUCGUCUUUCAUGUUGAGCAAAAGCGUGAUCAUAUAGAGCAUAACUUUGCGAAGUCCAAGGACUUGUCCAACCGUAUCACUCCUGACGUACUUCGUCAAUAUCGAUAUUAUCUGGGGAGGGUGGGGAAGCAAAGACUACGAGAUGCUCGAAUACAAGCAGUUGAUUACCUAAUACUCUUACUAGGAGGAGCAUGCUUAGGUACUCUUGCCAAGGUCAAUGAUGAGACUUUCGGGGUCCUCGGUUAUACCUACACGGUCAUUGCUGUAUCAUUACUUUGCAAGAUCGCGGCACUGAGAUCAUUUACUCAGGACAAAUUACAAUACUGGAGGGAAAAUGCAUCGGGAAUAAGCAGUCUGGCCUAUUUCUUGGCCAAAGAUACAGUUGACCAUUUCAACACUGUGAUCAAACCACUGGUUUAUCUAUCCAUGUUCUAUUUCUUCAGUAAUCCUAGAUCAUCGUUUGCUGACAAUUACAUCGUUCUGCUUUGCCUCGUGUACUGUGUGACCGGGAUAGCUUACAUAUUUGCAAUCUUCCUUCAGCCCGGCCCCGCCCAGCUGUGGUCUGUGCUUCUUCCUGUGGUCUUGACUCUCAUUUCAACACAGCAACAGACGGAACACCGCCUUGUGAAGCGUCUAGGAGAUUUGUGCUACCCCAAGUGGGCUCUAGAGGCUUUUGUCAUUGCAAAUGCCGAGAGGUACUCUGGAGUGUGGCUGAUCACUCGCUGCGGAGCACUCAUGGAGAGUGGUUACGAUCUUGGCCAUUGGUCCGUGUGUCUGAUACUCCUCGUACUCAUGGGCAUAGUCAGUCGUGCCGUCGCAUUCUUGUGCCUCAUUACAUCCCAGAAGUGA